AUGGCCUCCGUUGAGAUGAAGAAGAUAACCCUGAAGAGUGACGACGGUGAGAUCUUCGAGGUGGAGGAGGCUGUGGCCAUGCAGUCGCAGACCAUCAGGCACAUGAUGGAGGACGAUUGUGCUGAUGGCGCGAUACCUCUGCCAAACGUGACCAGCAACAUCCUAGCGAAGGUGAUCGAAUACUGCAGAAAGCACAAAGAAGAGGCCGCCGAUGGCGAGAACAAAAAGGACAUUUUGAAGGAAUGGGACGCUGAGUUCGUGAAGCUGGACCAGGUCACUCUGUUUCACCUAAUCAUGACUGCAAAUUAUCUCAACAUCAAGAGCCUGCUGGAUUUGACCGCCCAAACUGUGGCGGAGAUGAUCAAGGGAAAGACACCUGAAGAGAUCCGUGAGACGUUCAACAUCAAGAACGACUUCACACCUGAGGAAGAAAAGAAGAUUCGUGAGGAGAACCAGUGGGCAUUCGAGUGA